UUUUUUUCCAGCGUAGAUCAUUCCUCGGAGCUCUGCGCGAGAUAAUCGGGAGUAGUAGUUGGAUCCUACUGUCACCCGUCUUCGAAUUCCAUAGACAGGGUUUACUCCCUCACUUAGAUUAGAACUCAAUCACGCUGCUCACUGCAACGCAGUGCAUGCGUGCAAUUGGCACCGCGCUCCAUAUGCGAACGGAAAUAUGCCAACCCGAGUAUAAAUGUCGGACUGAGGUAGACUCGAAUGUAGCACCUGACCUAGUUCCCGCUCUCUGAAGGAUCACAGCACCACAAGUCAGCGCCGAUCAUCCAGUCAUGUCUUCAAAUUCUGUUACCGAAAAGGAGGGAUCAAAGGACAAUUACUACGUCCAGACCGUCAACAUGGACUCCCCAGCACCCCCUACACCACAGAUGCAGCCCUACCAGAGGACGUUCGGUAACCCUGCACCCUUGGGCAUGCUGGCUUAUGGUACCGUCUUCCUGUGCUCGUCAAUAUUGACGCUCGCCUCCAAGCAAGUUGGUGGUCAAGCUAACUUGGUCUUGGUUUUCGCCACCUUCUACGGCGGUAUCUCACAAACACUUGUGGGCAUGUGGGAGAUGUUCCUUGGUAACACGUUCAGUGCAACAGUCUUUACUACCUACGGAGGUUUCAACUUGUCUUAUGGUGCUCUCUACCUGCCUCAAAUCGGCCUUGCCUCUGUAUACUCCGGGCAGGAUUUCUACAACGCCAUCGGGAUCUACCUCGCCAUCUGGGAUUUGAUUACGUUCGUCUUCUUCCUUGGCGCAAUCCGCACAACCGCCCCUAUCGUCGCAACGCUCGGAUUCACCGUUUGCUCGCUCACUUGUCUUUCGAUAAAUUCUUUCACCGGCAAUGUGCACUUUGCAACUGCAGGUGGUGCCCUUGGUAUCAUCGCUUCCUUCGGUGCAUACUACGGCGCACUUUCGCUCUUCUGGACCCAACAGACCACAUUCUCGUUCAUUCGUCUCCCUCCUCUUAUUACAGCCCCAAGUUCCAACGUCUAAGUACAGAGUCAUUAAUCUUCAACUGAUUGCUCUUUCUUUUCUUCGAUUUCCAUUCUCAACUACGCUUCCACUCUUGACGAAAUGUUAGCGUGUUUGUAUGAGAUUCUACUUUUAGCGGGAUGAGGGUUCAGCGGUAUAGAGUGGAGCAAGAUAUGAUUAUUUCCUAUGUUUACUACACGGUGCCAGCUUCGGUUCCGGGUUGAUGAUAAUAAAAAACAACAGAUUGAUAUGAUUA